GUAAAUCCACCCAAUCCUGCUCUCCUUGUUCUCCCAAAGGUUCCCACUGAAGCCAACAGGGGGCUUUGAAGGGAUGGAGAAAGUCAGUUUGGGCUCAUUAUUUGGCACCCUAUUUUACUAUUUCAGAAGACACAUUGACAGGAAUCAACUUGGUGAGGAAAGAUUCAGACUGGCUCCGUUCAACAAUCGUCAUUGCACGAUACUGCAUUUGCCGUGUGGGGGAAGCAACGGCUGCUAGUCCAGUAUUGAAUGUCUCCUAUCAGGCCAUUUAAUCAGCUCCAGUUGUGACCGCUUCAGCAUAAAAAUCUCAGUGGAAACUGCUGGAAUGUGGAGAGUGGGAAGGAGGCACUGACAUGCCGGAGGCAAAGAACUUUAUUUGCUCUAGGCUCUAUCGUUAUUGCAUAUAAAAGGCUUAAAGGAACUGAAAUACUAAAGGAGAGGAGAAGGUCAGAAGACAAGUGGAGCUACCAUUACAGAGACCAGCAAUAGACAUGGGGAGAGCUGCUCUGAAAACUCUCCUCUCUUUACUCUGUCUAGCAGCAACGGUUUGUCAGGCUCAGGACACCUGCCCAGAGGUGAGCUUAGUGGGUUUCAACAGUAUCGAUAAACUCUCCAUUCUCCGAGGCAGCCCUGGAAUUCCAGGUGCUACAGGGCCCAAAGGAGAACCAGGAAAUGCAGGAAUGAAAGGAGAACGGGGACCUCCGGGGAUCCCCGGAAAGGUGGGAAAAACUGGCCCAAAAGGAGAAAGAGGUCCUGCUGGCCGCCCUGGAGCGAAAGGAGAUAAAGGAGCCCUGGGAGCUACAGGAGCCCCUGGAACACCUGUGGAGGAAGACCUGGAAGACAGAAAGUGUAAGAAAGGAGCAAAGAACUGCAAGGAGCUGUUAGCUAGAGGAAUCCGCAUGAGCGGCUGGUACACCAUCUACCCUAGUGACUGUAAAGGCAUGACCGUGCUGUGUGACAUGCACACAGAUGGCGGAGGAUGGAUUGUGUUCCAGAGACGGGCGGAUGGCUCUGUGGAUUUUUACCGUGACUGGAAUACAUACAAAAGAGGUUUUGGCAGCCAGCUGUCAGAAUUCUGGCUGGGGAAUGACAAUAUCCACCUGCUGACGUCCCUUGGUCCAAAUGAGCUUCGUGUCGAUCUCAGAGAUUUUGACAACAAGUAUGAAUUUGCUACAUUCUCAUCAUUCAAAGUUACCGGGGAGACUGAGACAUACAGGCUGAUCAUUGGACCCUUUGUGAAUGGUACUGCAGGGGAUUCUUUAAUGGCACAAAACGGCAUGAUGUUUUCAACACACGACCGUGACAAUGACUGGUCUUCAACUAACUGUGCUGAAGUCUCUAAAGGGGCCUGGUGGUACAGGGAUUGUCAUUGGUCCAACUUGAACGGAUUAUACCUGAAAGGAGCCCAUGAAAGCUAUGGGGUAAACUGGAUUUCAUCCAAAGGGGACAGGUACUCCUACAAAAUGGCAGAGAUGAAAAUCAGGCCUGCGUAGCCAAUCAGGGAGGCACUCAUAAUAAUUAUACUGAGCUCUUAUACAGCAGUUAUAGGCCUGUCAUAAUGAACAUUAAUCUGAAGAUGACACUAAAGAUCUUUUCUUUAUGCACCAGCCACAAGGGGGCAGACAUCAUCAUAGACACUUACCCAGCGCAGUGCACUAGGACUAGAGCAGGUAAAAAAAGAUAAAAAUAGUUUUAUGGGGAAAAAAUUGAAUUUUUCAGUUGUUUUCAUUUCAAAAGUUUCUAAAUUAACCCAUUUUUGCUUUUGGCUUUUGUGCAUUAAAAAAGUAUGAUUUUUUUCCUGCCAAACAAAACA